ACGGAGCAAACCAUUAGCAGCAGUAGCCACAAAGAAUUCGCAGGCAAUCCCACCGCUGAGAUGCAGCUCACUGUUGACGCGCGUAUUGCCUAAGCCAAGAACGUGGCGUCACCUGCGCUUCCCUCCAGAACACUCUACGUGCUCCUUCCAUCCUCUCUCUGUCUCUCUCUCUCGUGACCUUGCUGGAAGGUUUUGGACUCCUCCAUUCUUCUUCUCUCAGCAGCCAACCCACCAUAUUUAAUUCCGACGUUUCUCCUUGAUUCCACUGCGACAUAGUUUGAUCCUCGUCUGUGAUGGCUCUAGCUCGUGCUUGCCUCAGCAACGCUCUCCGAAGCCGCUCCUCCCCGUUGCUGCACAAUGGGGGAGCCGCACGCUUAAGAGGACUCGCGGCGGCGCCUUCCUUCCCUUACUCUUCUUCCGGAGACGCUGCUGCUGACUCUUCUCGGGAAGACAAAAGUGAUCAGGUGGCGGUGACUCGUGCACCUUCCCCUGAUCGAGGACGCCGCAGCCGUCGGCUCUCAUGGAGGAAUCCCUGGGACCUCAGUCCCUUCCACCUCAACGAUGGGUUCGGGAAUGCGCUCCUGCAGGUGUCGGAGAACCUGAACGGGCUGUUGGAGAGGUUGUCGCCAUCUCGCCUGCUCGGCCGGCUGAAGGAGGACGACAAGUGCUACAAGCUGCGGUACGAGGUGCCAGGCCUGAGAAAGGAAGACCUGCGAGUCACAGUGGAAGAGGGGAUGCUGGUGAUAACCGGGGAGUCCGAGGACGAGGACGCAGGGGACGAGUCGUCGUCAUCGACGACGGAGGACGAGGGGGACGGCGGCUGGCACACGAGGAGGUACGGGUGCAUCAACGCCACCUUACUGCUGCCGGAAGACGCCAAGGCGGACGAGAUUAGGGCGGAGCUGAGGGACGGGAUCCUGCGCAUCUACAUACCCAGGUCGGAGGAGAAGAAGAGCAACGCAAGGGAGAUCGAAAUCAACUAGCCGCCGUAUGUUGUGCUUGUGUUGUUUCCUACUACAGGAGAAUAAGACAUCGACUGUUUGUGGA